AAAAAAUAUUAGUGGUUUGUUUAUCUUAUACACAAAGUUAAAUGGCAAUAAAUGAAAAUUAAGACCUCAUUUGUUCUUAUUGCAAUAAGAUUUGUUUUACUUGGUAACGGAAGGCUUUGUGAGCGAACUACGAUAAUGGCCAAUCAACCCAACUCAAGUGGGGCGGGUGGUAGCGGUAAUCCCCCAUCAUCAACACAACCUUCAUCAGGGGGAUAUCCUCCGCCCGGAGAACAUCCUGCGCAAGGGUAUCCACCCGGAGGAAAUCCUCCAUCAUCCGGGCAACCUUCACCGGGCGGAUAUCCUCCACCUGGAGAACAUUCUCCACACGGGUAUCCACCUGGGGGAUACCCUAAGCACGAAGAACAUCCUCCACAAGGGGGGUAUCCACCGCCCGGAGAACAUCAUUCACAAGGAUAUCCACUAGCUGGAUAUCCUCCACAAGAUUACUCACCACAAGGAUACCCACAAGGAUAUCCAGGGUAUCCACCACAAGGAUAUCCUCCUCAACAAGGUUAUCCCGGUGCCCCUUCUGCGGGUGGAUACCCACCGGCGGGUUAUCCUCAAAGUGGAUAUCCUCAAGGUGCUCCUCCCGGUCAACAUGGAGGUACUCCUCCCGGUCAACAUGGAGCACAAAAAGGAGACAAGCUCCCUGGUGGCGUAAUGGGAGUGCUUGCUGGUGGAGCGGCAGCAUACAUGGCUCAUGGUCAUUAUGGGCAUGGCGGUCAUGGUCAUGGUUAUGGCCAUGGAAAAUUUAAGCAUGGCAAACACCAUCAUGGAAAAUACAAGCGUGGGAAGUUUGGUAAGCACAAGGGUCAUGGAAAAUUCAAGCUCUGGAAGUAAAUUAUGGAAAAUCUUGGAUAUGGUGAAAUUCUACACAUGACAUGAGUUACGUAAAUUAGCAUAGAGACACACAUAAUUUCUUUUGAUUUAUAAGCUUUUUUUUUUCAUAUUAUCAUUGUAUAUAAACCGACUACAUGUUGUGAAAUAUUCGAUGAUAAAAAAUGCAACAUCCA